CUGGACACGGCGCCCGCCGCCCCGCUCACCCCGCAGUCGCAUCCGCCCUCCAAGUCCCCCUCGCCCGUUCCCUCCCCGCUGCUGGGCCCGGCCUCUGCGCAGACCCCAGUGGCGCUGAGUCCUUUCGCGCUGCCGCCGCUGCAGCAGAUGAAGACUGGACUGCCGAUAAUGGGACUUCAGUUUUGUGGAUGGCCUACGGGAGUUCUCACCUCAAACGUUCCCUUUCCGUCCCCUUUGCCUGCUCUCGGAUCAGGGCUGGGGUUGUCGGAGGCGAAUGGUAACUCGUUCGUCACAUCUGGGGUUCCUGCGAGUAAAAGCGAGUCACCAGCACUGCAGACUGAGAAAGCAGCUUCUGCCCCUUCCGCAGCAGCUGAAGUGGCCAAGCCAGUAGAUUACCCUGUCCCAAAACCGAUACCAGAAGAAAUGCAGUAUGGGUGGUGGAGGAUUACUGAUCCGGAGGACCUAAAAUCUUUGCUUAAAGUGCUGCAUCUCAGGGGAAUAAGAGAAAAGGCCUUACAGAAGCAAAUCCAGAAACACAUGGAUUAUAUCACUCUAGCCUGCAUCAAAAACAAGGAUGUUGCAAUUAUUGAUAUCAAUGAAAAUGAAGAUAACCAGGUAACUCGAGAUGUUGUGGAAAACUGGUCAGUAGAAGAACAAGCAAUGGAGAUGGAUCUUGCUAUUCUUCAGCAGGUGGAAGAUCUAGAGAGGAGAGUUGCAUCAGCUAGUUUACAAGUUAAGGGCUGGCUGUGUCCUGAACCUGCGUCAGAGAGAGACGACUUGGUAUAUCGUGAACAUAAGUCAAUUGCUAGAUUGCACAAGAAGCACGAUGGGGAUUGUGCUGGAGGCGGCGAAGGCAAUGCCAGCUCUCUAGAGCGGAGGAGUGACAACCCUCUAGAUAUAGCUGUAACCAGGCUGGCUGACUUGGAGCGGAACAUAGAGCGAAGAACUGAAGAGGAUAUUGCUCCAGGGCUCAGGGUAUGGAGAAGGGCGCUGUCAGAAGCGCGCAGUGCUGCACAGGUAGCGCUGUGCAUUCAGCAGCUACAGAAAUCAAUAGCAUGGGAAAAAUCUAUUAUGAAAGUUUACUGCCAGAUCUGUCGGAAGGGAGACAACGAGGAGCUGCUGCUGCUGUGCGACGGCUGCGACAAAGGCUGCCACACGUACUGCCACCGACCCAAGAUCACCACCAUCCCCGACGGAGACUGGUUCUGUCCCGCCUGCAUCGCGAAGGCAAGUGGGCAAACUCUAAAAAUAAAAAAACUUCAAAUGAAAGGGAAAAAAGGUAACGAACAGAAGAGAAGCAGGAAGUUAGCAGGAGAUACCGAGGAUGAGGACUCUGCAACUACAAGCGCCUCCUUAAAACGAGGAAAAACAGACUCAAAAAAAAGAAAACUGGAUGAAAAUGUUUCUGUAAGCCAAUUAAAGCAAGAAAAUUUCACUGCUAUUAAGAAACCUAAAAGAGAUGAGUCCAAGGACCUGGCGAUAUGCAGCAUGAUUCUCUCAGAAUUGGAAACUCAUGAAGAUGCCUGGCCUUUCUUACUUCCUGUAAACUUGAAACUUGUUCCUGGUUACAAGAAAGUUAUAAAAAAACCUAUGGACUUUUCCACCAUUAGAGACAAGCUAAGUAGUGGACAGUACCCAAAUCUUGAAGCGUUUUCGCUAGAUGUCAGGCUUGUUUUUGACAACUGUGAAACCUUUAACGAAGAUGACUCUGACAUAGGCAGGGCUGGCCACAGCAUGAGGAAGUAUUUUGAAAAAAAAUGGACAGAGAUGUUCAAAGUGAGCUGAAGUUGCCCGACCUCCUCUUUCUUUCUGUUCCUUUUUGUUUUCCAUUAAAUGAGGACUGAUGAGACCAGCAAUGUGAACUGUAUUGACGUGGAAGUGCAAGGCACGUGCAUAACUAAUGACUGGUUUUUUCCUUUCCAGUAUCAUAGAGUCGUGAUCCUAGUUCUAAAGGCUUCACUCCUACAGCAACCAUGGCCCCUUGGUUAUUGGUUUGUGUGUUUUAACAACCUAAUUUAGGUAGAACAGGGAAGCACACCCAAAGAAUUUCAAAGAAAGGGGUGUUAUAGUGCAAUAGCAAUUUAAAAUAUAUCAAAACGCACUGAAUAUUCAACCACCAGAGCUCUACUUGGGGAAAUGGUUCUCUUUUCCCUUUCAAUAAAUAUCUAUUUUUCAUUUUUUUACUUUGUAGUUUAUUUUUUAGUGAAUGUAUUUAAUUUUAUGAAUUAUUUAUGAUUAUACAGCAUUCAGAAUCUUCGUUUUCUGUGAAAAGGAAGAAUUAGAAAAUUGCUUUAAAUCUUGAAAAUACAACAAGGAAUGUUUUAAAAUAUAAAACAAAGCCAAGUAAAACUGUUUACACUGAUGUGCUGUAAAAGCACUAAAAUUAAACUUUACUGUAGAGUUACAAGUACAUUUAUAUAUAUGUUGCUGCAUCACUUGUGUAGUUAAAUUGUAUUUCAAGACAGUGAAGAAAAAUUGAGACAUGUAUAUACUGUUCAUUAUUGUUUAUAUUAAGUCUUGUUUUAAAUAUGUAUGAUGUGUACAUAUUGUUUGCAGACAUUAUUGUUUAUGCCUUAGGAGGACGGUAGCAUUUUAUUUUAGUCUUAAGGUAAUUAGAGCUAUAUGGCUUGUACAGUAAUUAUCCUCUACCAACACUGUGGAGUCUCCUUAAUCUUGGUAGUGCCUGCCUUUAAAACAGGGUGUAGGGGAUAUUAGUUUUCCAUUUUUCUAUUUUGUUAUAUGAUUUCAAGCCACCACGGCCUCAAAUUCAAGUAUGAUCAUUUGUAUCCAUGUGGAAUAAAAUUGUGACGAUUUCCUACGCACACAGUAUUUUUUCAUAGAAGCAUUUCCCUCCAUUUGCCUUGCCACAGAAAUAACAAAAAAGACGUUUGUAACCACUGUGUUUUAUCUACUGUGUGUUGUGGUGGCCUGCUGGGGCAGAUAGACCAGGAUUUCUUUUGUACUAAUGUAAGAGUACUUGAAGUUUUAUUUAAAAGAAAUAUUGUGGAAAGGUAGCAUUCUUUUUCUUUUCCUUUUUUUAGGAGUGGUUUUUUUCACUAGUAUGUGUGGCACGGAUACAAUAAAAGACUGUUUUGCAAACCA